AGCCGCAGCCCCGGGCCCCGCCGCUGCCUGGGCGGGCGCGGCGAUGCUGCUGGUGCUGUCGGAGGAGCAGCGGGAGCACCUGGGCUGCCUGCCCGGCCUGGGCGCCGCAGCCGUGAGCGAGCUGGGGCGGCUGGCGCUGGAGCUGCUGCGGCGCGGCGGCGCCCCGCGCGGCCUUGAGGCCGCUGCCAGAAAACUUGAUGUAAGCAUCGACACUAUCCAGCAUGGAGCAGAAGGGUUAACAUAUCUUCUCACUGAGAGCUCCAAGCUCAUGAUUUCUGAGAUAGACUUCCAAGAUUCUGUCCAUGUUCUGGGAUUCUCGGAUGAAUUGAACAAAUUAUUGCUCCAGCUUUACCUUGAUAACAGGAAAGAGAUCAGAAGCAUUCUUAGUGAGCUGGCACCAAAGCCUCCCAGUUACCACAAUCUUGAAUGGAGACUAGAUGUGCAGCUUGCAAGCAGAAGUUUGAGACAACAGAUUAAGCCUACCAUGACUAUAAAGCUUCACCUUGAUCAGAAUGGAGCUCAAACUGCCCAAGUGCUGCAAACUGACCCUUCUACACUUCUUCACUUAAUUCAGCAGCUGGAUCAAGCCUUAGGGGAAAUGAAAACAAACCAUUGUAGGAGAAUAGUGCGCAACAUGAAAUAGUAUUAAUCCAUGACUGUUGUCUUAUGAGGCAGUUUAUGAAAUGACCAGAAACAAUGUUCACAAAUACAUUUUGAGGAAAACAAACAUCUGGAUCAGGUGAAAAGCUUUCCUAUGCCAGGAUUUUGAGCCAGUAAUUAUAAGCUGAAUGUCCUCAGGUGCUAACUUCAUACAGCUGCCUGACAUGAGAUAGUUUUGUUUUACCUGCACAUACAGAAAUUCAGCAUGCUGUAUUUAGCAUUUCUUUAGCUCUAAAUGAGUAUACUUAAAGAACUUUUCUACAUUAAGUAGAGCUACUUCCGUAUUGUAUAAAGCUGCACACUUAUGUUUAUCAAGCAGAUUUUUUUUCUUGGUUUGCUUCUGUUUUGAAAUAAAAAUACAUGAACUAGAUGGAAAUGGUACUGUACAUGAAUGGUUCUUUCAUGCAUACAGCUACAAAUAUAGCUGUGGGAGUACAGCCUUCUUCCCUGAAAGGGUUCAGUCAGUGCAGAGAAUGGGUGUUGUACUGCCCUUCUACCCUUCUUUUCCUCCACCAACAACACUUGGAGGCUAUUGUCUUGGAAAUGUUUCUGUGAAGCAAUGGUAUACCAUGUCAUGAGAAAUUUGUUCCUAGCUUUCUGGUCUGACCUACGUUUUAGGAGAUCUCAAGUCUUGUUAGAUAGUGUUGUUCACCUGACCUUACAAAGCCAGUAAUGUGGAAGCAUUAGCUAGCUUUAUUAUAGUCAAGCUAUAUCCCCUGAAAGUAUUGUAGAAAGCCUGUUGGCUAAGUAUAAAUUAACAUACAACUUAUUUCUAUAUAUAGAAGUGAUCUGAAAAAUUGUAGAAACAAAACCCUGGGCUUCAGUGAUGAUUCAGUGAUUAGGCGAAUUCGGAAAAGUUUUAACUUCAGCUAAAUCUCAAUGUUGUUUAAACAUGUUUUGGCUUGUUUGCUGGUAGGUCUGAUUCAACAAUUUCUUUCUCCCAUGUAGAUAGUGUUUUUAAAGGAAACAAUACACUAAUUAUUGUGACAUAAUUGAUUUCUAUUUUUAAGAAAAAUAUCUAACACGGGUUAUACGAAAAGUCACCUUCUAGUAGUAUUCUAAUACAAUAUUUUAGUGGCCAAUGUUAUAUAGUUUCACUAAUUACUGUUUUACUGUCAUUAGUGAGGUGCAUCAUAAGUGUACUGCAGAGGACAAAUAGAUGAGGGAAUUUUGAUUUUGGCAGUAACUGUAUCUUUACCGUCUUUCAUAAUGGCAGGUCAUAAUGCCAUUCUCUAUUACUGUUUUCCCACUUUCCCAAAUGCAUUAGUUUCUUACUACUUUGCAUUUUUGUACCUUUUGGUAGGUAUUAUUUCAAACAAAACAUGGCAGAAGUGCUAUGAUCAGUAACAGAUAUCAUAACUUAAGAACUAAGUCAGUUUUCUAGAACAUAGAGCUGUUUAUUCUUUGCCUUCUUUAGAUAGCAUGGCUGUGGUGUAAACAAGCUUAAUUCUGUGUCAUGUAUAUGAAUUAGCUAAUAGUUUCUUUUUCUUAAAAUGUAAAGCUAUUAACAUGAAAUACCAUAUUUGGCCAUUUAAUAAGCAGAUUGUUGAGACCUUUGUUACAUUAAUUCAUGGUGAUAACAGGGAUUUCAUAAUUGCAGAGGUUUCUCUUGAACAUCUGGUGACUAAAUAUGAUUCACUUAACCCUGUCUGUUGGGGCUUCUCUGCCACAGCUCUGAUUUGAUAUAUUCCAUCAAAUGCUUUCUGUCUAUAUGGGAUGUGCAGUGGAAGAGUACUUUUUGAUAAAUUACAUUCUAUAUGUAAGAAUCUGUGCAGUUUGAUUGAGCUGGCUUUGCAUUAGUGAAGGUUUGGUCACUGCCUACUGUAUUUGAAUACUUUGUGAGAAGAUACAAGUUGCUACUUAUUUGUUAUUUUUGGGAGGAAUUAAGAGGGAUUUUUGCAUGUUGUGGCGCUUUCUUAGGAAACUUUAGUCCCAAUGCAGGUCCACUUUGAUGUUUUGCUGUUUUCUAAAAUAAAUGGGGAAGAAGAAUCGUGUGGGUUAAAUCUUUGAUAGUUUUGGUGGAGAGGAAUGAGUAAAUGUUUGUCAUCUGUUUUUUCUCUCCAUUUAUGUGGUAGUUCUAAAUAUAACCAAAUGUUACCACUUCACGCUUCUGAUUUGUUUUUCUUUGUAAUUGGCUUAUAUUUUAAAGUGAAAUACACGAACAGCCUAUACAUAGGCUAGCCAAUGUUUUUUCUUUACCAGUCUCUUUGGUAUAGCCAUAGUCCAGAACUCAGAACAACAGGAAAGAUUUUAGGGUUAAGUUCUAGAUUUUCAUAUUUCAUUUCCCUGUUGCCCAGUGAAUCUGAACACUUUUACCUAUUUCUUCAACUUCCUGAAAAAAGAAAAUGAGCUUCCAGAGUUAGCUGGCAUCAUGGCAAAUGCUGGCUGUUUCUCUGCAUGUAGUGUCCCAAAUGACACUUAGUGCUAUUGAUGUAACUCUACAGUUUUGAAUUACCAAUGUUGUAAUUAGCGUAUUUCUAUAAAAGCAGUUUUGUCAUGCAUUUGAAGCUUAAGAGUCUGAAAAAGCAUCUUCCACUUCAGAACCCCUUAAAUAAUAUUAAAAUAAGAAUUCACAUAUGGAUCUGGAUUUUUCAGCUUUAA